AUGCCUGAGGAGAUGUGGCCCCCGGAGCUGGCGGUUCUGAGAGGAUUCUCCACGGAGGCUGAGCAGCUGCAAUGGAAGCAGGAAGGAGCCCUCGGCUCAGAGAGUGGACUUUUCCUACAGUUUUUUCUAGAAGGGAGGUACAAGGCUGUAUUCUUGAAUUCCUUGACACAAAAUAUCUUUAAUUCGACAAUGAUGGCUGAAGAAAAGAUUGACAGCUUCCUCGAAAAGCAGAUAGUUACAUUCUUGGAUCAUUCAACAGAUUUGGCGGAAAGUGAAAGACUGCAGCUGAUAUUCCUACUUGGUGUGAGCAGUUUGCAACUUUUUGUUCAGUGUAACUGGACGGGGCCGCCUGUUGACUUAAAACCUCAGGAUUUUUUGCCAGCUCCUUUGUUCCAGCAGUUGAAUGAGCCUAAAAGGAUGGAUGGAAUUAUUCUGGGUCUACUUGCUCUUGAUGGUGAAUCAAUCUACAGCCUCACCUUGAAACCUAUACUGUUAUUAUUAGCCCGAGUUAUCCUGGUGAACCUACGAGAGAAAAUUACUGUUCAGUAUUUCAUUUUUUCUUUUGUAGUGAAGAAACAAGAGAAUCUAUUUGUGGAUAACUCAGCUCGAUAUCUGGCUGUUCAAUUCCAUUUGGAAUGUGCAUAUACAUUUUUGUACUAUUAUGAGUAUCAAAGAGCAAAAGACCAGUUCAAUAUUGCUAAAGACAUUGGCAAAUUACAAAUUGAAUUAACAGGUGCUUUGGGAAAAAGGACACGGUUUCAGGAAAAUUAUGUGGCGCAGCUUAUUCUAGAUGUCAGACAGGAAGGUGAUGUUUAUCCAUAUCGUGAAUUCAGUCCAACACCCACUCCUCAAGAACAUUUAAUUAAGAAUCUUGAGCUCAAUGAUGACACUGUUCUGAAUGAGAUACAGCUGGCAGAUCGUGAGCAGUUUCAGAUGCCUGACCUGUGUGCUGAAGAGCUUGCUGUUAUCCUUGGUGUUUGUACAAAUUUACAAAAGAAUAAUCCAGUUCAUAAAUUAACCGAAGAGGAGCUGUUGGCAUUUACAUCUUGUUUGCUUUCACAACCAAAGUUCUGGGCCAUUCAGACAUCAGCUUUGAUCCUCCGGACGAAACUUGAGAGAGGAAGCACACGCCGAGUGGAACGAGCAAUGAGACAGACACAGGCUCUUGCAGACCAGUUUGAAGAUAAAACUACAUCUGUAUUGGAGCGGCUGAAGAUUUUCUAUUGCUGUCAAGUACCUCCUCACUGGGCCAUUCAGCGUCAACUUGCAAGUUUACUCUUUGAGUUGGGAUGUACCAGUUCAGCCCUGCAGAUAUAUGAGAAACUAGAAAUGUGGGAAGAUGUUGUAAUUUGUUUUGAAAGAAUUGGGCAGCAUGGGAAGGCAGAAGAAGUCCUUAGGCAAGAGUUGAAGAAAAAAGAAACACCCAACUUAUACUGCUUGCUUGGAGAUGUCCUUCGAGACCACUCUUACUAUGACAAGGCCUGGGAGUUGUCCAGGCACCGCAGCGCUCGGGCUCAGCGCUCCAAAGGUCUCCUUCAUCUUCGAAACAGAGAGUUUAAAGACUGUGUGGAAUGCUUUGAACGCUCGCUGGCCAUCAAUCCCAUGCAGCUUGGAGUCUGGUUUUCACUGGGUUGUGCCUACUUGACCAUGGAAGACUAUGGAAAUUCAGCAAAGUCAUUUCAGCGGUGUGUGACUCUCGAGCCGGAUAAUGCUGAGGCUUGGAACAAUCUAUCAACAUCAUAUAUAAGAUUAAAACAGAAAGUGAUGGCUUUUAGAACUUUACAAGAAGCUCUUAAGUGCAACUAUGAACACUGGCAGAUCUGGGAAAACUACAUCCUCACCAGCACAGAUAUCGGGGAGUUCUCAGAAGCCAUUAAAGCGUACCACCGGCUCCUGGACUUACGGGACAAAUACAAAGACGUUCAGGUCCUUAAAAUUCUGGUCAGAGCAGUGGUUGAUGGGGUGACUGAUCGCAACGGAGAUGCCGCAACCAGCCUCAAAGGAAAGCUCCAGGAGUUACUUGGUAGAGUAACUUCAAGAGUGACAAACGAUGGUGCCAUCUGGAGGCUGUAUGCCCAAGUGUAUGGAAACGGGCAGAGUGACAAGCCUGAUGACAAUGAAAAGGCAUUCCAGUAUCUCUCUAAGGCAUACAAGUGCGACACACAGUCCAGUUGUUGGGAGAAGGAUGUGGCGUCAUUUAAGGAAGUGGCUCAGAGAGCCUUAGGACUUGCACAUGUGGCUAUAAAAUGCAGUAAAAGCAAAUCCAGUCCCCAAGAGGCUAUCCAAAUGCUUUCUUCAGUUCGACUCAAUUUACGGGGCUUGAUAUCAAAAGCAAAGCACCUUUUUAUAGAUGUCACCAGUGGAGAAGUUUCCGUGGAGCUAGCUCAUGAAAUAGCAGCCAUGGACACCUUAGUAGUUGAACUCCAAGACCUAAGCAACCAAUUUCGAAACCAGUAUUGA